AUGCUUACCGGCACAUUUAUUAUCCUCGUAUUAGUCUCUUUGGCCUAUACACAACCAAGAGAACCCGACAGAACGUACGAUUCAUGUGAAGCGGUCUUGGAUCGUGGAACUUCAAGCUGUAACGGAGCAGCGCCGGGUACAAGAUUCUACUACGACAAAGAAAUGGACGACUGCUUUGAAUACUUCUAUGAAGGAUGUGGUGGUGGACAAAACACGUUCCACGAUUAUAAUUCUUGCCGCACAACAUGCAUACCAGCUGACAAGCAGCAAUGUGGGGGAAAUGCACCGACCACCGGCACGUGCACGAGAGAAAACAGAAAAUGCCCAGCUGGUAGCAAGUGCGAUGUGGGAACGCAAGGAGCGGGAAUCUGCUGUGAUACCAAAAAUGAGGAAGAAUGGGAGAAAGAAAGACAUCCGGUAUGCAAAACUGGAAAACUUGCUAUGAAGAAGGAGUGGUAUGGUGAUGCAAUACUUUUGGGAAGAAGCUGUUCACACAAAUUCUGCCCGAAAGAUUACCAAUGCAUCCAGAGCAAACGUUUGGCGCACUGUUGCGGUGGACCCUAGAAAACCGGUGAUAAAUUUUAACUGAUAAUGAGAAAAAAUUUUGAAACCGUCGAAUAUGGAAUGAAUAAACAUUAUAUGCAU